CAGUACCAUAUGGAACCCUGGGAAGAACAACUCGACUUCGACGACGACGAAGACGACGCCGUUUUACACCUCCCCUCUUUCUCUCUCCGCCGCUGCAACCACCGCGCUUCGUCUUCUUCCCUAAACCCCCAGCCCAAACCAAACUCGUCUUCAUCUCCGGCCCUCAUUCCGGGACCCGCCGGAGCCGUCCAGGCCGCGAUGCACCGCCGCUCCCAGAACUCCUCCGGCGAGCCGAUUCAAACGCAGGAGGUCAUAAGGAAAGCAAUCGAGAAGGGACACGAGGAAGAUGACGAUUUCACCGCCGAUUCUUGGCUCUGCGCUCUCGAAUUAGCUGGCGGCGGCGGCGGCGCUCGGACACCUUUGGGCUCCAUCAAGAAGGGGCUUGACACUCACAGAGUAGCUAAGGUUGUUGCUAUGAUCAAAUCUUGUACCCCAAAUGGUCUUGGUGAUCUCAUGUUGACUUUGAAGGAUCCUACAGGUACGGUUGGUGCUACCAUCCACCGCAGAGCAAUUUCCGAGGGAGAGUUUGGAAAGAGCAUUUCUGUGGGUGCGGUUCUGGUUCUUCAGAAGGUUGCUGUGUUUUCUCCCUCGCGCUCAGUGUGUUAUCUUAAUGUGACUUUGAACAAUAUUGUGAAGGUCAUUUCCAAGGACAGUGGAAGUCUUGCCACAGAAGAUUUUCCCAUUUCAUCAGUUAACACUCCUGCUCCCAUAAGUGCAGAAGUUAGUAAAAUGUUAAGGCCACCACAAGAAACGAUCCUCCCAGCACAGGGAAGUACACAGCGAAUCAUGAAUUAUCUAAGACAAAAUUCGGAGUUGAUUGGGAGUGAAAAUACCGAGAAGCAUAAUGCAACUGGGCACACGGCACCAGAAAUUAUUUUCUCUGGUCAUGCGCACUCUGGAAGUCAAUUUGCUGCUGUAGAGAUGAAAUCUUCAAUGGUGGAAAAGGCUAUGCCCAAUGGAAUCACUAAGAUGUUGGUUAGAGAGGACAUUAUGGAUACCGAACAAGUCACAGGGAUAGCUGAAGAGCUCAGAAUGGCUGAAGAGGGCACUUCAUCAAGCAUCAGCCGAUGUAUUAGUGGUUCAGCAAACACUGUUAAGAUUCCUGAUAAUCAUGGGAGAAUAACAGGAGCAAAAAGGCAUCGGCAGCCACUGAGCUUAACAACUUCAGUCCCAGACUAUACAGAAGAACAACUAAAUCUGUUUGAUUUUGACUGAGGUUUUGCUUUCAUGCUCGGUUGCAUGUAGUCAUACAAUGUAAUGUCCUGAAUUCGCAG